AUGGAAGCACUUGAAGUACCAGAACACGAGCAUCCACUAAAGCUCAUCGAUUUGCAGCUAGAGUAUCCACUCUACUAUGAAGAAGAAGAAGAAGUAGAUGAUGAUGAUGACGACGAUGAUGAGGGUGGUGAUAUGAUUACGAAUGAGGGAUUUCAUGGUGUCACAUGUGGGAGGUGUAGGGAAGAAAUCCAUAUGUACCACAGAUACUACUACAAAUGUGUGGGGGGUGAUUCAUCAUCAUCAUCAUCAUCAUCAUCAUGUGAAUGUGAUUUCUCGCUUCACAAAUUCUGUGCUGAGCUGUCAACAAGGUUGGAUCACACAUUACACCGACACCCUCUUAUCCAACGUCAGAUGGAUGGUGAUUGGUCAUGUCGUAUUUGUAAGUGCCUUCACAAACCUCUAGAAAUGUGUUACGAUUGUUCUCAAUCUGAAUGUCAUUUUCCCAUUGAUGUAAAUUGUGGUGUGGAAGUAGGAAAAAAGAUCAUCCAUCAUCCUUCCCACCCACACUUGCUAAUGUGUGUAUUCCCUAAGCCCAUUUUAUGCGAGUGUAGUGCGUGUGGAAAGGAACAUAAAGGCAUCUUCUAUCAAUGUACCAUUUGUUCUGGCUUCGCCAUACACAAUGAUUGUGCUUUUCUACCAGAAAAAUUGCUAAUCCAACACACCACAAAUCAUGCUUUUGAUCAUAUUCAUCCACUCACCGUUUCAUAUUCCUUCCCCUUGAUAGAUCAAAAAGCUAAACAUGAUCCCAAAUGCAGAGUAUGCAGUCGUGAUUUUGUAGCUACGGAGGAUCUUUGGAUUUACAAAUGCGAUAAAUGUUUGUACUAUGCUCAUGCCGGCUGCGCUACAUCAACAUCUGUCAGGCCUAUUGGAACUAUCAGACAAUUUGAAGUGGAAGAUUACAAUUAUGAGCAUCCUGGUCUUCUUCUUCAUCUCCCAUUCCCUGAUGAAACAUACAGCCUACCAAAACACUUGUUUUCCCAAGAAACUGGAACAAGCGAUGAUCAUAAGGCAGAUCACCUAACACACAAGAGUCAUCAACACCCUCUGAUUCUAGUUGAUCACGCACAGAGCAAUGGGCUAACAUCCUCCUCUUGGUUAUUAAAGUGUCAUAACCCAAUGAAAAAGACCCAACUGCUAUGCGAUGGAUGCCUCAAACCAAUCACGGCAACCAUGCCAUUUUAUGUAUGUGCUAAUGAUGAUCAGAUUCAAGGGGGUUGCAACUUUGCUCUCCAUGAGUGGUGCACUCGACUCCCCAUAGAAAUACAAAACCACCCUGUUCACCCAUACCAUACCCUUGUUCUUAUGUACUCACAUGCCCAUCCUUUCUUUUUCGGUAUGUUCUAUUGUAAUGUUUGUCAUCUAUUUUGCAACGGAUUUGCUUAUGGUUGUGUCAAAUGUGGAUACUAUGUUGAUGUUACUUGUGGGUUUAUGCCUAAACAAAUCUCACAUAAACUCCACCCGAAUCACAUUCUUUCAAUAAGUCGAGAAGGAUCUCGUGCUCCGCUUUGUAAUAUGUGUCACCUUAAUACCUCUGAAGGUCCGUUUUUAUUCUGUUGCGACUGGUGUGGAUUUUUCAUGCAUUCUAGAUGUGCUUUCUUAAUACCCGAGGCAAUCAGGCACAAGUAUGACGAGCACCCAAUGCAACUAAGUUACCAACCAAUUGAGAACCAUAAGAGUGAAUACUUUUGUGAAAUUUGUGAGGGGGAUUUGAACCCUCAUGCAUCUUUCUAUCAUUGUAAAGAUUGUGCUCAGUCUGUACAUACGUCUUGUGCUUCAUUAAUACUUGAGUGCGAGACGGAGACCUAUAUUAAGUUUGGGGGAGGUGUUCAUCUUGCAGUGAACAUCAAGUUUGGAGGCAUUCAUAAGACUCAUAGUCAUCCACACCCUCUCUCAUUUGCUCAAGGUACUGUGUUGGAUGGUCAAUGUAGUAUGUGUGGUGAUGGAUUACAGUACAAUAUGAUCUUUAAAUGUCUUGAGUGUAAGUUUGUAAUCGAUUAUGUCUGUUGUGAGCGUCUUAUCAAGGCAUGA